UGACACCGUAAAACACGCGCUCACACACGUAUGCAAGCUAAUUUGAGUCAGCUUUAAAGGAAAUCUGUGGAUCAGCUGAAGGGAGAAUUCUUCCUGCUGGUGUCCACGUUGAGCGGUAACUCUGUUUUUGUGUCAGAUUAAAUGAGUGAAUUUUAGCGACAAUUAGUUGUUUUACUUCCACGCUGCCUGCUCGCCCAACAUGGAUCUCAUCUUGGUGUUCCCACUGAUUCUUGCACUGAUUUCCUGUGGACAGAGUCACACUAAUGGGACAGGAGAAACUAGUGAUUCGUGUUACAAAUUGUGCCGAGCUGGAUAUCAUAAAGUUGGUACCUGUGAUGAUCCAGUUCAAAAGUACAAAUGCAAGAAAUGCGAGAAUGGCACUUUCACGGAAAUAGAAAACUACAAAGAGAAAUGCUUUAGGUGUGACUCAUGUAAUCUUGAUGAGAUAGUACAACAGCCCUGCUCGUAUAAAAGCAACAUAGUAUGUGACUGUAAAGCGGGAUACUACAAUUCAGGAUCUGACUAUCUGAGGCACUGCAAGAAAUGUUCCUGUAAAAAUUGUCGAAAGAAUGAUGACUACAGGAGGAGUGACAAAAUGUCAGUCCUGACCCAUUAUGAGUAUAUUGAGUAUCCCUGCUCACACAGGAGCAUCUUCUUUAACAUGUUACCUCAGAUCUUCAGACCUCAGUUUUUGUUUCAGGUGUUCCCACUGAUCCUUGCACUGAUUUCCUGUGGACAGAGUCACACUGAGGGGACAGGAGAAACUAAUAACUCAUGUUACAAAUUGUGCCCGGCUGGAUAUCAUAAAGUUGGUACCUGUGAUGAUCCAGUUCAAAAGAACAAAUGCAAGCAAUGUGAGGAUGGCACAUUCACGGAAAUAGAAAACUCCAAAGAGACGUGUUUGAGGUGUGACUCCUGUGAUCAUGAUCAGAAGGAAAUGAAGAGCUGCUCCUUUAAUAGGAACGUAGUAUGUGGCUGUAAAGCAGGAUACUACAACUCAGGGUCUGCAAUGUUACUGAACUGCAUAAAAUGCACCUGUCCAGAUCCUUCAAAGAAUGCUGACCACACAAAGAUGUGCCAAGACUGCGAGAGGCCAGAGUGUCAGAAUGACUCAGAAUUCAAGAAGCAAUGUGAGACAAAUCCACCUACAACUGCAUCUACAACCACAGUGACAAAUGAAACAUUUAUCUCUACAACUGUUAGACCAGCUUCAGCUCCAACUCCAGCUCCAACUGAAGCUCCAUUUUCAAGACCCUCGGCUUUCACGAGCACAUCAAAUCCGCAUAUAAGACCUAUUCCAACUAACUUAGGGCAGAACCCAACAAUUUUUCUUGUAGUGGUUGUGGCGACCUUUCUGUUGCUCCCAUGGCUCCUGCUGCUCUUCGCCAUGAAGAUACUCCGACGCAAAGACGGUUCUCCUUGCUGGAGCAAAAGCAAAGAUGCUGAAGACCCCAAAAACGAACAACCCAGUCAUCAAGGCGGUAACCCGACCACACAGACACUCACAGCAUCUGAGGGAACUCCCAUGAUGCCUCUCAUUCAGAAUCCAGCCACAUCAGACCAUCCUACCUACAUUAGCUCUGUAAUGCCAGUCAGUGACCUCAUAGUUGUCAGACAAGAUGUCCAGUCAGAUCACUGGCCGGCCAUUGUCCUCUACGCGAUCAUCAAGGAGGUACCCUUGCAUAGGUGGAAGGAGUUCUUGCGUUUGCUCAAGGUGGCAGACCAGCAGCUGGAGCGAAUCGAGCUGGAGGCUGGUUUCACUCUUGGUUCCAUGGAGAAGCAGUACCAGAUGCUGAGGCUGUGGAGCCAGCGGUCUUCCGCCAAGCUCAGCGAUGUUUUCUCAGCCUUACACUACAUGGAUUUAUCCGGCUGUGCCCAGCUGCUACAGGAAAACCUGGAGAAGCUGCAGGGGAGGCCUGAGCAGAGGCAGGCAUUCACAGCCUUUUGAAUGGAGCAGCACGGGACAACUGAGGCUGUACCUGGUGGCGCAAGUGUAAUGCUAUCUAUAAUAUGACUGGAAACAUAAAUUAUUCAGCCAUGGGUGCCAGUGUGAAAGACUAGACACUUUCUGGAAGAGACAUUACUGUCUGUAGCUAUAUGGUACAACCACAGAAACCUGGAAUGAUGUCACUGAGUAACAAAAAUUACAAAUGACAAGUUGGAGAAGGGUGAAAAUCUGAUAGGCUGGAUUGUUUGAUUCAGACAGAAACUUAAAAUGUUGAAUAUAAAUGUGUGAAGUCAUUGAUUUGUCACAGUGCAAAAGGCAGUUUUGAACACAACGUUGCUUCCUCAAACACAUGUGAUAACCAUAACAUUGUUAGCAUUUUUUUAGGAACCACAUCAUACCUCUUAACACACAUAGUGUUUUUGUACUCUACAGUGGGUGGAUAAAGUAAAUAAUAAAAAAAAAUAUCAUUCAGGGAAGUCCCCUUCCAUUCACUCUUGGCAGCUGUAAAGAAAAAGAAAAAAAAGGGGUUAGUAUACAACUUAACCUCCAGUUUUUGUGUGGUGUCUCUUAAAUGCCAGCAGUGGACGCCGUGGUUUUACAGCAGUACUGUAAUGUAAGGGUUGUGUAAAGAGUAGGCAAGGAAGCUGUACUUCCUUGAUGUAGUGUACAUGAUUAUUUUACCUCCAAGAGUAUGUGCUUGAUAUUAUUUUCCUCUUGACUAGUGAAAGGAAAGACUUCUUCAGUUUGAAUAUUUAAACUGUGUGUGUGUGUGUAAUCACUCUGUGAACAUCUAUGAUGUUUGCGCAGCACUGUAGUAGGCAGAACAGUUUGCCAUGUCUGACAUCUCCCUCAUCUUGUUGUGACAUGAAAGUCUGGCAUAACUACUCAGCUACUGAUUCUACUUGUGCACCUUCACAGAGGAAGAAAACUGAAAUCCCCAAAGGACGUCAGUUUUUCAGUUUCCUGCAACUAAAUGGUGUCAAUGUGCAGUAGACUGGGUUUUUCCUCACCACACAUAUUCCAUUUAAACGGAUGGUUCUCAUUUGUGGUGUUUGGGUAUCUCACUUUGAGAGUUUUUUUUUGUUGUUGUUUGUGUAUGUGUGUCAUUUCAGUUCACUGACAGUAAAGGCCUUGGAUUUUCCAGUUUAAGGUGUUUAUUUAAGAAUGUUUUAAUGGGAAUCUAGGUCAUUGUGCUUGCGAUCUAAAUAUUUGUACAUGUUUUACAGUUUACAGUAUUUUUGUUUAUUUAUGAAUUAAGAUUUUUCUCCCCUCUGUGGUCUUCAGUGGUACAGAUUUAUGACA